GCCAACUACUUUGCCGGUAGUUUUCAGAUAUCAUGGAGGUUCCACAACUGUUCGUGUUGGUGGUGGCGCUGGCGUCGGCUUCGGUCGCGCAGCAUUACGGCCCGCCAGCACCGCCGCCACCGCCCGUAAGUGCCGACGCCGCAGGGAGCCCGUCGCUCAGGAAAUGCAAACCGGGAGAGCUCGUUCCUGGGCCUACGUGCUCGUCCUUUUACAUGUGCGUCGGUAGUAUCGGUGGAAGCGAAUAUGCCACAAGAAAGGUCAAGUUCGAGUGCGCACCCGGCACGGUGUUCAGCGAAGGCCUCGGCAUUUGUGUGCACGCUUAUGGCUCCAACUGCUUAUCUGGUUCUUCUCUUCCUUUACCGUCCCUUGCUCCUCUUCCCGUCCCUGCCCCUACCCCUGCUCCUCUGCCUCCCCCCGGUCCUCCUGCGCCCGUGGGACCCCCGGCGCCCGCUCCAGCCCCUGUCGGCCCGCCUACGUGUCCUCCCUAUGAGCUGGACCCUACGACAGUGUAUGAAUGUAUUGAGCCCGGGAGUUUUCCAUCGCUAGCUGACUGUUCCCGAUUCUACAAGUGCAUCGUGACUAUGGAUUGCAUUAUCAAAGGGUUCAUGUUCCGGUGCCCCAAGGGCUACCUCUUCGACACGGGGGUCCGCCGAUGCCACAAGGAGGAGCUGGUGGGCAUGUGCGACCGCGUGGCCGACGCCGCCGGGCAGAGCAUCGUGGUGAAGCCCGUGGUGGAGCUCGACCCCGACAGCCUCGACCAGUUCUUCGAGGCCGACUUCUACUGGGACUUCAUGACGUUCCUGCCCAACGAGACGCAGCGGAUCGUGUCUCAGCCGUCCAGCUUUUCGCGCGGCGCCGCCCCGUCGCAGCUGAUCAGACUGGGAGGGAACUGAGAAGCGCGCGGCACGAAUGGAGGGGAAACGCAGGGAGAAGAGGCAUGCUUUAUUUCGAGUAAUAUGUGUCUGUUUUCAUGUGAGAUUUACGGAAUAGAAACGCGGCAACGUUGUUAUCUUUGCAUUUCGCUGGUAACACGAUUGAAAUGAACGGUCGUCACGCCCUAAUUUUCCCAGACAAAGUGAGAUUCUGGGAUUGUUUCAUGAGUCGUGGUAGUUUUCGUAUGUAUCUCUCUAUUUUUGCAUGUUUUAUACUACUUUUCUGUCAGUAUUUGAAACUACAAGACACUGUACUUGAAUUCUGCAUAUUUUACCUGCCAAUGAUAUUUUUCUGUGUGUUAAUACGAAAUAGAGGCAUUUUAGGUAGAAUUUUUGUAAAUGAAUUGUCCACACUGCUGAUGCCGGCAUUAUUGUGCUUUAUGUUACUGUAUUUCUUAUAUUUAUAAUUGUUAUUGUUUUCCAAUUGGUAGUACAUAACUGAAUAAAAUGAGAUAAAUAA